AUGGCAUCUACACUAUCACAUUCCUCACCUCAGCCGUAUUCUCUGAUGGGCCUCCCACGCGAGCUUCGCGACAUGGUCUACACGAAUGUCUUUCACUUCGCCAGUCCAACAAGCGAUCCAGCAACUCGACAACGUAAACUCGAUUGCGACGCUGGAUACUCAGCCAUCAUCCACCUGAGCACCAUUUCAUUCGACUGGCUCGACCUCAUGCGAACAAACGGUCUGAUCGCAGAUGAGAUGCGGCAGAUCUAUCGCUUACCAGCCUACCACAACAGCACUACCGACCAAACGUGGUCUGCACAACUCACACUCAAUAAUGACGAAUACACACUGGCAUGGAUAUCAUUACCGUGCCCAUCGUCUUGUGUACGACACCUCUCCAUCGACUUCAAGAUCAACCUCACACUUUCGAUGUUCGGCCAUUGGGACAAUGACAGCAAAGACAAACCAGGCAACAUCUUCAAGGCACUGUUAGAGCUGCUGAAACAGGUCGCUUGUCAUGGCCCCAACAUCACUGUCUCCGAGACGUUGCGCCAACCGAUUGUUUUCGAGACAAUCAGCCUUAACAUAUCGUUCGCCGAUGAAGACAGACCGUACUUGAUGUCUUCUGGUCCCGAAAGUGUUUACAUACUUGCAUAUGGCAAGCGUCGCAUCUACAGCCAUCUAAUUGGGGAUAUUGUUACUGCAUGUGGCAACCACGUUUUGGAAGACAAAGUCAGACACAUCAGCAUACAAGGACCGAAGAGUUUGGGAUCACAAAAGACAGACAUCACGAUAGCGCGGGUUGAAGAGACCAAUCAAAAAUAG